AUGCGUUUGGUAUAUUUUAGUUUGAUAUUAUUUUCAUUUGCGGUACUACCAACGGAUAGCUGCUUCUGUUGCGUGCCUAUCUUUCUAUUCCUAUGUCCAUGUUUGUGCUGUCCACCACCUCCACCUCCACCACCACCACCACCACCUCCACCACCACCUCCACCUCCACCUCCACCACCACCUCCUCCACCACCACCACAACACUAUUAUUACGGCCCACCUCUAAAACAUGCAAAGUCGAGAGUUUAUAGUGCAGCGCAACAACAACGACUGUCAUAUUGA